ACGAUGACGAUGAAGGAUUACAGGAGGCGAGUGGCGAUAUUCAAGAUAAGAACCAGACUGCCCCUUGAGAGGCAGGCCGCGGAGCUCUACGCAGAACUGAAGGGCGACGCCUGGAUUCAUGCAGAGGACCUCGACCCGACGGAGCUUCAGAAUGACGAAAGGGUCCAAGUGUUGUUCGACUUCUUAGCAGAUAAGUUCGACGACGAGAAGGUGAUGGAGCUCGGGUCCGAGCUCAAGAUUUUCUUCACACGCAUGCGCCGCGACAGCGGCGAGGAGAUCAGGGCUUUCAUCAACCGCUUCGACACGCAUGUGUCGAGACUUAAGACAAUGCAAAUCGAGUUCCCAGAUCAAGCGCUGGCGUGGUUGAUCAUGUGGUGGCUUGGCCUGCCGCCAGAUCGAGAAGCUGGAGUAUUGAACGCCAAUCAGAAUAAAUACGACCUCGAGCCUUUACAGAAGCAUACAUUGCUUAACGUGAAGGACGCCAAAGCACUGGACAAGCACAACCCCCGGAGGCCAGCACCCAUGACACCACUAGCGCCCCGAGGCCCACCAGCACGACCUCGACGAUGGGGAGCUCACAUCACCGAGAACGACGAAGAGGAAGAUCUCGAGGUGUACGAGACCCAGGUGGACGACGAUGACCUGCAGGAGAGGUUACUUGAGGAGCACGAGGAAGCGGAGGCCGAAGUUUACAAGUUGGAGAAAAUGCUCGCCCGAGCGAAGGACAGGGUCAAAAAGACGCCAAGCAAGCUAGAGGAUUUUAUCAUAGAGAUGGGCUACCUGGGCGCGGACCUGGUAAAGGACCUGGCGGGCGACCAGGGACCAGAGCAGUAUCUCACGAGCUGGAGCAGCAAGGAGAAGCAUAUCGAGAAGCAUACGUUCUUCAUCAACAACAACGUGCUGAUGACCGGCACGGGCACCGUGAACGUCAUCAUGGCUACGAAAGAGGAGCUGCUGCAGCAGCGCGGCGGCAAACUGCUACCAUACUCGUGCUGCGCCAAGUCCGUUGGAGGGCAGGUUUGGCAUGGCGACGUCAAGAAGCGGCUUGCGAAGGUGGGCCUUGGGCCGAUCGAGUUUGACGAACAUGAAGUUUUCAGGUUCGGCGCUGGGAAGCCAGUCGUGGGCGCGAUUGGAGCGCUGGUGCCGCUCGCUGUGCGCGGGCGCCCCUUCGCGCUGAGGAUAUCCAUCGUGCCGCGCCUGGUCCCCGCGCUGCUGUCGCAGACGGCUGUUGGUCAGCUGGUUGCAGUGCGCGACCGUGAGGUGGUGGCUGGCGAGAGCGCCAUGACGUUCAGGAAGCUGGGGGUCUCCAGCUUCGAGCUCGGACAGACCGAGAGCCGGCGUCCGAGUUUCGAUGCGCUGGGCUUCGACAGGGCUUACAUGUUUACCGUGGCUCCAGACGUGGGCCCCGGCCAGACAGAGAUCAGGUGCGAGAUGUUCCUGGUGGGCCUCCAACGGGAUCCCAACGGGCCCCGCGUCAACCACAUCAAGAGCGACCCGAGUCACGAGGAGCCGAGCUUCAACUUCUCGAGGGAUCCGAAUCAGCACGAGCUAAGCUUCAACGACUGCGAGAGCGACCCCGACGUGCUGGGGUGGAUCCAGGGUUGGGGCAUCUUCGAUGUCGGCGCCAACAAGAGGUGCAACACCGUAGCGCUGAUGCGCUGGGAGCAGAUUUUCAAGCUGGCGUUCUUAGCCAUAGCGAUGACCAGGCACCCGGCGGUGGCCAUCAUCUGCCACAACGGGCGCCGCCGCGGCCAGGGGGAGAUCCUCGAGAGGCAGGCCGAGGCGCCAGCGCCCAGACGACUACCACCACUGGGGACUGUGGUCAAGGUGGAGUUGCAGGAGGAGAUGGAGAGCAACGGGCUGGAGUUCCAAGGCCUGGGCUGCAGAGAGAUGCGCGUGAUCCUCGGCGAGCAGCGGAUCGAGAACGGCCCGAGCCGCAGAGGAGCUCGAGCUGCAGAUCCAGAACUCCUGGGACUCGCCAAGAAGUCACGAGCAGAGGUGGCCCAGCUGGCCAGGAAACGCAACGGGAAAGUUACCGACGACAUGCUCGAGGACAAAAUCGCGCGUUUGUUGCUGGGGCAGACACCGAAAGCAGUCAAGAAGGAAGAGGCCAAGGACGAGCGCUACAAGGACAUGAUCAAGGAUACCGUCAGUUCCCUGACGUGGCAGACCGCGUUCCUCGGCACCUUUCUGGCGAAGCCGCUCUUCUCGGGAGGCAAGGCUAUCGUGCAAGAUCACUGCGACGUGUUCGACGUCAAGACCGACCCGAGCUACGACUUGAUGCAGAUCCUCGCUGGCGAGGCCGUCAUCUCAGAGGAGUUCAGUCGAGCCGGACUCAAGGUGUGCGAGCCCAUAGAUCAGAUCUACAACCUGCGGAGCGCCCAAGAUCGGCGAGAUAUUCUACAGCUCUACCGCGCAUGCAAGCCGAAGCUCUUCGCGCUGGAGUGCCCCAUCACACUCUGGGCACAACUUACCAGUGUGAACUAUCGAGACUUCGUGGAUGAGAUCGGUAUGAUGCAGCUGAACAGCAAGCGAGACAUCCUGUUCGAGAAUCCAUUGACGUCGGAGGUAUUCAAGCAGUCCCAGAUCAAGCGUUUAAAGGAGCAUCCCCGGGUUAAAGAUGUGAAGGUCGACAUGUGCCACUUCAACCUACGACGCCAGCAGUCUAACGGAAUGGUCAAGAUGCCGACGAAGCUUGGGCGAUGCACCAGAGAGUUCGCGAAGGCAGUCUUGCAAGCAUACCAGCACAGCAACAUGACCUACAUGAUGGAGAACGGAGUCUACGCGACCGGCGAUUUGAUGGAUCUUAUGGGCGGCGAAUCGGACGAGCGGUUCUACUACGAGAACGUGGGCGAUUUUACCGAGAUACUGGUCAAGUUGCCAGAUGGACCUGACUGGGGCCGCGUAGGCAGAAGAAGGGUCGUUGACCUCGAGACCGACGCGGUGGUGCAGGACUUCGAGAAGGCCGAUGCCACCGCGGAUUUGAGCAAGCCGAAGUUGGAUCGCGCUGCCAAGCUGAAGAUUCAGCUAUGGUACAAGCCAGAACUUGUUGCAGAGGACAUCGGGGCCAAGGCCAUCCAGUUUGGACCUGGAUGUUCAGAGUGCUCAAGCAAGGACCUCGCAGCUCUACGACAACUUCACCAGAACUUGGGCCACCCCAGCAACGAGGAUCUUGCCAGAUCGUUCAG